AUGCUGUCUGUGCGCUGUGCAGUCAGAAGAGGUCCCUGGCGUAUGCUGGGGACUAGGGAGAAGGGCCCUAUCCACCACCUAUCCAAGCUAUGGGAACCGUUGUCAGUGGAUGGUGCUCCAAGAUGGAGUCGGUGCUACAGUUCAGACGUGAAGGGGGCGGUGGUGGGGAUCGACCUCGGCACCACCAACUCCUGUGUGGCGGUCAUGGACGGGAAGAACCCGAGGGUCAUCGAGAACUCAGAGGGAUCUCGAACCACUCCGUCGGUUGUGGCCUUCACAAAGGACGGCGAGCGGCUCUGUGGCAUUCUCGCCAAGAGACAGACGGUAACUAAUCCAAAGAACACAGUGUAUGCUACCAAGAGGCUCAUAGGGCGAAGGUUUGACGACGAGGAAGUCAAGAAAGAAGCGAAAACGGUGCCGUAUGAGAUAGUCCGAGCCUCCAAUGGCGACGCGUGGGUCAAGACAGCCCACGACGGGAAGAUGUACUCACCAAGUCUACUAUUGCACCAAUGACAGCAGGAGGCAUGCUGGACGAAGUCUCUCCACUCUGUUGACGAGGAGCAGCUGUAGAGGGUCCUGGGGUUGAGCAGUUCUCUCCUUCCGGACACACACACCUGUAGCCACCAUCUUCCUCCUGUGGUAACAAUUUCCCCCUGUGACUUUCAUUUUACACUCUUGAAACACCUAUUACACAUUUCCUCCCCACUUCCCUUUCCUUUCAAAGGGCU